GGGGCGUGGCGUCGCCCAGGUAACGGCGCAGCGCCUUUGCGUGUGGCCUUGAGGGGCGUGGCCGUGUGCGCCGACCCCAUCUGUUUCCAUGGCGGCGGGGCGGGUUGCCGGGCGACAGGGCUCGGCCUCCCUCCGCGAGAGCCAAUGGCGUCCGGGCGCUGGCGCUGAGUGACAGGAGAGAGAGAAGGACGGAGGCAGCGAGGGAGGAGAAGGCGUCGGCGGAGAGGAGACUCGGGACCCCCCCCGAACCCCGAGCUGGAGCUUGGAGCCAAGGCCUGGAGGGAUGCCGCCCCCCUCGGACGUGGUCAAGGUGGCCGUCGAGUGGCCGGGGGCCAACGCCCAGCUGCUGGAGAUGGACCAGAAGCGGCCCCUGUCCUCCGUCGUCAAGGAGGUCUGUGACGGAUGGUCGCUGCCCAGCCCAGAGAACUACUCGCUCCGCUUUGCGGAUGGGCCCCAGCUCUACAUCACGGAGCAGACCCGGUGUGACAUCAAGAACGGGACCAUCCUGCAGCUGGCAGUCUCUCCGUCCAGAGCCGCACGCCAGCUGCUGGACCGGACCCAGUCGCACAACAUGGAGGCUCGGCUAGAGGCCAUGAAGGAGUUGGCCAAGCUCUCUGCAGAUGUGACCUUUGCCACUGAGUUCAUCAACAUGGAGGGCAUCACGGUGCUCACCCGCCUGGUGGAGAGUGGCACCAAGCUCCUCUCCCACUACAGCGAGAUGCUGGCAUUCACCCUGACAGCCUUCCUUGAGCUGAUGGACCACAGCAUUGUUUCCUGGGAUAUGCUCUCCAUCUCCUUCAUCAAGCAGAUCGCAGGGUAUGUGAGCCAGCCUACGGUGGACGUCUCCAUCCUGCAGCGCUCCCUGGCCAUCCUGGAGAGUGUGGUGCUCAACAGCCAAAGCCUUUACCAGAAGGUUGCAGAGGAGAUCACCGUGGGGCAGCUCAUCUCCUACCUGCAGGUCUCCAACCAGGAGAUUCAGACGUACGCUAUUGCCUUGAUCAACGCUCUCUUCCUGAAGGCCCCUGAGGAUAAGAGGCAGGACAAGCUGCUUCACCCGCUAGACUUGCCCUGCACUGAGAUGGCGAACGCCUUUGCCCAGAAGCACUUGCGCUCCAUCAUCUUGACGCACGUGAUCCGAGGGAACCGGCCCAUCAAAACGGAGAUGGCCCACCAGCUCUACGUACUACAAGUCUUGACCUUCAACCUCUUGGAGGAGCGGAUGAUGACCAAGAUGGACCCUAGUGACCAGGCCCAGCGGGACAUCAUUUUUGAACUGCGGAGAAUUGCCUUUGACGCCGAGUCUGAGAGCAACAGCAUCAUCCCUGGAGGCGGAGUGGAGAAGCGCAAGGCCCUCUACACCAAGGACUACAAGAUGUUGGGCUUCACAAACCAUAUCAAUCCUGCCCUGGACUUCACCCAGACCCCACCCGGGAUGCUGGCCUUGGAUAACAUGCUGUACUUGGCCAAGUUUCAUCAGGAUACCUACAUCCGGAUUGUUCUGGAGAACAGCAGCCGGGAGGAUAAGCACGAGUGUCCCUUUGGGCGCAGUGCCAUCGAGCUGACCAAGAUGCUGUGUGAAAUCUUGCAGGUUGGAGAGCUCCGUAAGUGGGCCGGGGUUGGGCACCGCAGGGACCUGGAGCACAGAGCCAACGAGGGCCGGAACGACUACCAUCCCAUGUUCUUCACUCACGACCGGGCCUUCGAGGAGCUCUUUGCCAUUUGCAUCCAGCUGGUCAACAAGACCUGGAAGGAGAUGCGAGCCACUGCAGAGGAUUUCAACAAGGUGAUGCAGGUGGUGCGGGAGCAGAUCACUCGGGCCCUGCCCUCCAAGCCCAGCUCCUUGGACCAGUUCAAGAGCAAGCUGCGCAGCCUGAGCUACUCGGAGAUCCUGCGCUUGCGACAGUCAGAGCGAAUGAGCCAAGAUGACUUCCAGUCCCCACCCAUCAUAGAGCUGCGGCAGAAGAUCCAGCCAGAGAUCCUGGAGCUCAUCAAGCAACAGCGCCUGAACCGCCUCUGUGAGGGGAGCAGCUUCCGCAAGACUGGCAAUCGGAGGAGGCAAGAGCGCUUCUGGUACUGCCGCCUGGCCCUCAACCACAAGGUGCUGCACUACGGGGACCUGGAGGAUAGUGCCCAAGGAGAAGUCACCUUCGAGUCGCUGCAGGAGAAGAUCCCUGUUGCAGACAUCAAGGCCAUCCUCACGGGGAAAGACUGUCCCCACAUGAAAGAGAAGGGAGCCCUCAAGCAGAACAAGGAGGCGCUGGAGUUGGCCUUCUCCAUCCUCUAUGACCCAGAUGAGACCUUGAACUUCAUUGCACCCAACAAAUACGAGUACUGUAUCUGGGUGGAUGGCCUGAAUGCGCUGGUGGGGAAGGACAUGGCCAGCGACCUGACCAAGAGCGACCUGGACACCCUGCUGAGCAUGGAGAUGAAGCUCCGGCUGCUGGACCUGGAGAACGUCCCCAUCCCAGAGGCCCCUCCGCCCGUCCCCAAGGAGCCCAGCAGCUACGACUUCGUCUACCACUACGGAUGAGGCAGCGGGCAGCGUCCGUCUGGCUGGCCAUCGGGGGCCUCAGCAGGACCUUGGGCAGCCGCCGGUCUGGGCCCUGGCUGGCCAGGAAGACCCUUCUCGCCUUGGACAUUGCAAGGGAGCCCUGCUGCCUCCCUCCCUCCUUGGGGGGCUAAUGUAGAGCAGCCAGCGGUCUGCUGAGAGAGAGAAGCCCCCUGGCCCCCCUCUGGACCGCCUCCAUCCCUGGGAGGAUUGGCCGCAGAAGCCCCCCCCCCCCCCCCCCCCCGUCUCUCUUUCUCUCUCUGUCAGAAGGGGGGUCCAUGGCCAGGCUGGACCUGGACCACCACAGCCCCCCCCCACCUAAUUAGCCAUUGCAAUUAAAGCCGCCUCUUUUCCUUC